AGACGGGCCACCACUGAUCAAACACAUGGACCAGGCUAUAUUUCAAAUACACGAUCUCAGUUGGCCCAGUUCACAUAUACACGCUGAGGUUUUGGUCCAUAGACGGAGUCCUCACAGACAAAAGGCCUAAAGUGUAGUUCUUAAGAAUUUAAGAUGUCUUGGAGAACAAGACUACCGUUCUGGUACACAGAGAGUUUUUGCGAAGAAGACGAAGUCAAAGAAAUGCAUAAAUCAACUGAAACAAACCUUGUUAUGAAGAAAAAUUACAGCAUACGGAGUACAUGAUAAAGACUUCAAACAUUAGAGUGAAUAUAUGCAAAAUUCAGGAGACUGGUGAUUUAUUCCUUAACGAGCCACCGGCAAAAUAUUUACAUAUGAGAAUUCGCAGAACAGAGAAAUAUACGCAGUAAUUCCAAAAUCAGAGCUGUUAAACAGAACUUCAGGAACCAGUGAUCGGAUAUUUAUUCUCGGCGUCCUCAAAGUUGGGGUCAUUAGCAUCAACAUCUUCGUUCGCAAUCCAACCUAUUUCCACCAGGGAGUAGCCGUCGCCGGACCACGUGAACUUUCCGCCGUGGCCUCCUUUCUUAGGCGACCCGCUCAUUCCGGUUGCCGAUCGCCGAUCCUUCCUCACAUCCGGCCCAGAUCUGGUGGCCCUGGCAAUCACACCUUUCGCGGAGUUCUUCUUCAUUGUGAAUGUGACGGAUGCACUCUCGAAACUUCACUAUCGCUGAGGAGGCAAAAGUUUAGAUGUAUUUAUACCCACGCAUGUGGCCUUUUCGGGUUGGCAGUGGAUAAGAUCAACCCAUCGAUCACUCGAACCUACCAUAUGGAACUGAACCCACCUUACCGUCUGACGGCGCUUGUGGCGUGUAAGUGAAUAUACGGACUCCGGUGAAUAAUAUCCUUCAGUGAGUUCAGCCAAAAAAAGACUGAAAGGAGCAGCCGAUCGACGAACUCCCACUCCCGACCGCCGACGCUUGGACGCCUGCCGCCCUGUCCCUUAGAUUUCUCAGUCCAGCAUUCCUCCCUCCCCUUCCUUCUGGAGUUCUGGUGCGGCGGUUCCAGGUGCGCUUCCACCUUUCGGCCUACUGCAUACUACGCUUCACACAUUCAGCGAUUCGUCCCUUUCCCUUUUCAGGCUUCAGGCCUUUAAACAGACAGGACCGACCCUGCCCGUAGUUGUAACCCCAAUCAACUUCAAAGAGUGUUCAUAGUGGCACAAGAUUCCUAGACCUCGAGCAAGGAGGAAGAGGCACAUUAUGAAGACAAAGAAGCCAUUGUCAGCACUCAAACUCUCCAUUCCUACUGAAGGGACCAACAUUUCCAGCUUCCUGACCGCCAGUGGGACAUUUCACGAUGGAGACUUGCUUUUGAAUCAGAAAGGUCUCAGAUUAGCUUCCCUCGAGAAUGAAUCUCUGCCUUCAGAAACAAAGGAGAUUGACCUUCAGUUCUCUUUGGAAGAUCUUGAGACAAUCAAAGUAAUUGGAAAGGGAAGUGGGGGUGUAGUUCAACUUGUUCGCCAUAAAUGGGUUGGCACUUUGUUUGCUUUGAAGGUUAUUCAAAUGAAUAUACAAGAGGAAAUUCGUAAACAAAUUGUGCAAGAGCUGAAAAUAAACAAAGCAUCACAGUGUUCACAUGUAGUGGUUUGCUAUCACUCUUUCUAUCACAAUGGAGCUAUUUCUCUGGUGUUUGAGUACAUGGAUCGCGGAUCACUGGCAGAUGUAGUAAGACAAGUUAAGACUAUUCUCGAACCAUACCUCGCAGUUGUUUGCAAGCAGGUCUUGCAAGGUCUUGUCUACUUGCAUCAGGAGAGGCAUGUAAUCCACCGAGACAUUAAACCUUCAAAUCUGCUGGUGAAUCACAAAGGAGAAGUAAAAAUUACAGAUUUCGGUGUGAGUGCAAUGCUUGCCAACUCUGUGGGUCAAAGAGACACAUUUGUCGGGACUUGCAACUACAUGGCGCCUGAAAGAAUUAGUGGGAAAACAUAUGACUAUAAGAGUGACAUCUGGAGUUUGGGCAUGGUGAUUCUUGAGUGUGCUAUUGGACGCUUCCCUUACAUACAGUCUGAAGACCAGCAGAAGUGGCCAAGUUUUAUUGAACUUCUGCAAUCAAUUGUUGGAAGUCCUCCACCUACUGCUCCGCCGGAUCAGUUUUCUCCAGAGUUCUGUUCAUUUGUCUCUGCCUGCAUACAAAAGGACCCAAAUGACAGAUCUUCGGCUUGGGACCUCUUGAGUCACAGUUUCAUUAAGAAGUUUGAAGACAAGGACAUUGAUCUCAGCAUCUUGUUUGGUAGCCUCGAACCUCCAGUGAAUUUCACACGCUAAUUGUGUUUGUGUGUGCAAUAUGAUCUUUGUUCGUGUGCACUGAGUCGGUGAUUGAGCUUUGUGUGUUGUAUCUUUUUUUAAAACUUAGUUUCUAUUGAUUUUUAUUUUUUGAUGUGUAAUAUGAAAUAUGUAAUCCGCUAAUCCCUGAUAUUGCUGUCUUUUUACUCUGUUUUUUAAACUAAAUUAUACAGAGUAUAUAUUUGUAAUGCAAUGAGAUGACAUUGAAAUAACCAGAUUAUCUCCUAGUUUGGAGAGUUCAAGCUGUCUUUACAUCCAUAACU